AUGGGCAACUGUGCAGCUCCUCAGAUCACUAGAAAUGGCGGCCUCGCCAAGACCACCCACCACCAUAACUGGCCAUCCUCAUCUCCUCCAUCCACGCUCAAGCUCAUUCACAUGGACGGAAGACUGCAAGAGUUCACUCAAACCAUCAAGGCCUCGUACCUCCUAUCCCAAAACCCUAACUGCUUCCUCUGCAACUCAGAGUCCAUGUUCAUCGACGCCAUCGUCCCUUGGAUCCACGAAGAGGAAGACCUCUGCUUGGGCCAGCUCUAUUUCCUCUUGCCUCUCUCCAUGUCCCGAGUCCCGCUCUCUUUCCGGGAGCUCUGCAUGCUCGCCACCAAGGCCAGCGCGGCGCUCGAGAGUGGCUCGAGUCUGAGGAGGAGGAAGGACGGAGUUCCAUCUAGGGUGGCUCACCGGAGAAGGUGUCGAGCUCCAACCGGGUUCGGGCGCCAUGAGAUUGGAGUUGUGUGA